GGUGAAGCAUUCGACGUAGAUCCGCCCGAGAAGCGGAGAGUUGAGGAGCCCCGGUUGUUGUUGUUGGGGUUGCGGAGAGCGGGCCGCCGCCGUACCGGGGGUUAGGAGUCCCCGAGCCGCUGGAGGAGGAAUCGGUGUAUUAUUAUCGUGUUUUUCCCCGCCCCGUGUUUCGCCAUGGCUCCGCCGGUGAGGACGUUUCUGCCGCUGUUUUCCGCGGCGGUAGGAGGGUGACGGUAGGCGGGCGGGGGUCACAUGAUCGGCGGGGCGGAGAGGCGAGCUGCCCGAAUCCAAUAUGGUGGUCGUGCGGCGGUCGCUGCUCCCGCUGCUGCUGCUUCUCCUGAUCCCGCUGCUGCUGGGGGGCAGCGCCCAGAGGCUGGUGGGUCUGCGGCUGGAGGAGGUGCUGGAGGUGCAGCAGGGGGGGCAGCUGCAGGAGGAGGCCGGCAGGCGGGUGUACAUGCGCGGGCGAGUUCUGUUCGCUGCUCCGGGGUCUGGAUUCAGGCUGAGGCUGUUUGGAUCUGAGCUGCUGUUUCUGGUUAAAAAUAAUAAUGUUAUUAAUAAUAAUAGUAAUAACAAUGCAAGCUGGCCGUGGCUCGCGUUCGCUCGGGAGGCGGGAGUGGAGAACUUCAACUCCCAACCUGGACCACCUCCUCCUCCUGCUGCUCCUGCUGCUGCUGGUGCCUCUGGUUCUGAUGGUCCUAGUUCCAGUCCCGGUCCAGUAAAGGAACAGGAGGAGGACCCAUGCAGGCAGGAGAUCCUGAGGAACUCUUCUAUAUUCCGUGUGGAGGGGGAGUUCUCCGCGGAUGAAGACAGCAGCGGUGUGCUGGAGGUCCGCACCGCGGAGGGGGACGCCUCCAGCGCGGGCGCUCUGCACCGGCUGUGUGUGCUGAGCGGGCCGGGUUGGGAGUCGCUGGGGGCGGAUAGAUUCCAGCUGAAGGCGCCGGAGCCAGAGCUAAAGCCUGAGCCAAAGCUACCCCCAGACUGGAUCCCUACCUGGGCUUUAUCGGUAAUUAUAGCAGCCUUGGUGUUUAUUUGUGCUCUGAUUCGCAGUUUAAGCCUCAGUCUGCUCUGUCUCGACCCCCUCGAGCUCUACGUGCUCCACAGCUGCGGCGCGGAGGACGAGAGGCGGGCGGCCAAGCGCCUGGAGCCGCUCCGGAGACGCGGUAACUUCCUGGUGUGCUCGCUGCUCCUCCUGACCGCGCUGGGUCACUCCGCGCUCGGCGUGCUCCUCUACCGGGCCUUCGGCUCCAUCCUGCCCGCGGUCUUCACGUGUGGAGCCCUGCUGUUCCUCCUGGCCGAGCUGCUCCCGCACAUCAUCAGCUCGGGCUACGGCUUCCACCUCGCCCCCGGUCUGAUCUGGCUGGGUCAGGUGUGCCUGGCGCUCACCUGCCCGCUCACCUGUCCGCUCGGCGUGCUCCUGGACGUGGCGCUGCGGCGCGACGUCAGCACGUGCGGCGUGCGCGAGAAGGUGAUGGAGAUGGUCCGCUCCAACGUCAACGACCCGUACAGCGAGUUCGUGAAGGAGGAGUUCCGGCGCGGCGCGCUGAGGAGCAAGACCGUGGAGGACAUCCUGACCCCGCUGAAGGACUGCUUCAUGCUGCCCUCCACCGCCCAGCUGGACUUCGGAACCAUGUCCGAGAUCAUGCAGAGCGGAUACACGCGCGUGCCCGUCUACGAGGAGGAGCGCUCCAACAUCGUGGAGAUCCUGUACGUGAAGGACCUGGCCCUGGUGGACCCGGAGGACUGCACCCCCAUGACCACCAUCACCAAGUUCUACAACCACCCGCUGCACUUCGUCUUCAACGACACCAAGCUGGACGCCAUGCUGGAGGAGUUCAAGAAAGGAAACUCUCACCUGGCUAUAGUGCAGAGGGUGAAUAAUGAGGGGGAGGGAGACCCGUUCUACGAGGUUCUGGGACUGAUUACUCUGGAGGACGUUAUAGAGGAGAUCAUAAAGUCUGAGAUCCUGGAUGAGUCUGAUGGCUACAUGAAUAUGAAGGUGAAGCGUCCCGCCGCCGCGCUGGAGAUUCCUCUGGAGCCUCGCUCGAGUCAGGAGGAGUUCUCGCUCUUUAAACCACCGGAAGGAGAACCCAAGAUCCGCACGUCUCCUCAGCUCCUGCUGGCCACACACCGCUUCCUCUCCAGAGAGGUGGAGCAUUUCAGUCCACAGCGAGUUUCAGAGAAAGUCUUAUUUCAUCUCCUGCGGCACCCGAGCGUCAACCAGGAGGUGAAGUUUGACCCAAACAACCGUCUGAGUCCAGAUCAUUACCUCUACACCCGGAACCACCCUGUGGAUUACUUCAUCCUACUGCUGCAGGGUCGUGUGGAGGUGGAGAUUGGUAAAGAAGGUCUGAAGUUUGAGAAUGGAGCUUUUACUUAUUACGGUGUAUCAGCUCUCACAGCUCCCUCCUCAGUGCAUCAGUCCCCAGUGUCCACACAGCGGCGCUCUCCCAGAGACCCCUUUGAGCUGGGAGAUGCCACCAGCCCGUCCAGCUACUGUCCUGACUACACAGUCCGAGCCCUCACCGACCUGCAGCUCAUCAAGGUGACCCGGUUGCAGUAUCUGAAUGCGUUGAUGGCGUCUCGUGUGGCUCAGAGUCCGGAUCCUCCUGAGAUAAAGAUUCUGCCGAACAGUCAGACGAAGCUCCUGAACGAGAAGAACACGAGCACAGACUUUCCUCUUCACUUUUCAUUCUUUGAUGCAAUUGAGAACUACUGUUAGAGUACAGUGUGCAUGAGGUCUCGGCGAGCUGCAGGAAUUCAGGAUGGAGGAAGGAGGCGGAGCUUCAGGACAGAGAAUUGCUUUCUGACUCUCUGAUGGAUGAAUCUGAUUGGCUCCUGCAGGAUCUGAUUCUAAAUGAAUAAAUUCAGAUUUUUACACUGAUUUUCCUUUUUAUCUCUGGAGUGCUGAGAUCUGACAACUUAUUCAGGUGGAUUAUUAUUUUUAUUUUUGGACAGUUUGAGACUUUUUGUAGAGCCUGUCUGACGACACGUCCACUACUGUUCACGACUGUCCUCAUUCUUGCCUGGUUUUUAAUUUUUUUAAACUUUUAUUUUGACGCAUUCCUCUUGUGGUGUCGUACCGGUUUUUAUUGCGGGGUGUUUUCUCGUCCUGUAGGUGGCGCAGUGCCUCAGAGUGUUCGGUCUGAACUGUGCCGGGUCCGGGUCGUGCCGUGCUGUAAUGUGGCAGCGAGGGCAGCAGGAACUGCUCUGUGAUUUGGACGCAGCCGCGAGUCAGGAACACACUACACUGUUUUGUCUUGUCUGGUCUUACCUGAUGUUGCCUUGCCCCUCCCUCCCUGCCUUGCUCCGCCCCCAGCCCGUCCCCCAAACCACGACACACUUAUUUAUGCUGUUUUGGUAUAAAAUCCUUUUUUGCCAUGAUUCUCUCGCUCUGUGGGGUAAAAAAAAACAGAAUAUUACAGGUUUAUUUUCACUUUUUUGUUUUAUCGUAUAAUCUGAUCCUCAUAACUACAGAUUAAUAUAACAUUUCGGGCUGUUGCUCUGAAUGACUGGCUGUUUUCAAGCAGUUUAGAAAAACACUCUGCUGAAGAUGGUGUUUAUAAGCUAACAUGAACAUGACCAUACAUAAACCAAUCAUCAUAUUCACCAUCAUUAAUGUUUCUUUAGGUUUACAUGCACUUAAAAAAUCUGAUUCUGCAGUUAUCUGAUUAUUAUUGAUGUAGUGAUGUAAACAGCAUACUCCCAUUUCUUAAUCAGAGUUAGAACACAGAAGUGUAAAUAUUUCUCAGAGUACGAAAGAGAGUACAAUAGGUUGUGGUGUGUCUCCAUCAGCAGCCGGAGUCAGAGAGAGAGAGAGAGAGAGAGAGAGAGUACAGUAGAUCAUACUGCGUCUCCAUCAGCAGCCGGAGUCUGAGAGAGAGAGAGAGAGAGAGAGAGAGAGAGUACAGUAGAUCAUACUGCGUCUCCAUCAGCAGCCGGAGUCUGAGAGAGAGUAUUCUGCAACUGACUAAAGUAAUUUUACCCUGAAUAAUGGCACUUUCUUUGAAAAGCAAUAGAAAAUAUAUUAAGGUUAUUUAAUUAAUGCAGAGAAAAGUGGCAAAAUGAUUGAAAACCUGUUCAGUGUUCUGCCGAACGUAUUGUUGGUUUUGGUUCGGUUUCUGCCAAAAAUCUUGAAUAUAUUGUGUGUAUAUUUGCAGUGUUGAGGGGUUUUAAGGUUUUUUUUCUUUUAGUUUGUUUUUAGUUAAUUAUUUCUAGUGCCUCCAAAACUCCACAUAUCAGCACAAGCAUACAAUUCCACUACAUGCACACAUUAUUAUCCAUAAACAUGUAUAAACGGAGUGGUGGAUGGUGAGCUGCUGUCUGUAGAAAGUGCCGUGUGAAGCUGAAGGACGCCUUCGGUUCAGUCUGAGUCGGUUUGGGUCGGUUUUGAUUUGAUUUUUGUUUUGAUUCUUCAUAAUAACAUCAUUUUUUAGUUAUUGAUGCUUAAACCUGACUGGAUUUAAUAUUAUUAUUAUUAAUUUUUUUUCCUCAGAAUUUUAAUCCAAAUUUGUGGGUUUGCGGCAUUUUUAUGGUGCUCACAACUUUUUUUUUUUUUUUUUUUUUAAUCCAGAUUCUCUGUUAAUCGGAUUGGGCAGUCUGAACACAGUAUAAAAUUAGUUUAUUAUUGUUAUUAUUAGUUUUGCCAAAUUAAUUCAGUUUAAUCUGAAUCUCAUUUUGUCAGAAAGUAUUUGAACGAUGUGCCAUAGCAGUGCAGGUGGGUUGGACGUGGGCGUGUCUGUUUGGGUGGUGGGCGUGACUGUUUGGGUGGUGGGCGUGUCUGUUUGGGUGGUGGGCGUGGUUUUUCAUUGCCUUUUUUGUUUUCUUAAAACAAUACAGUGUUCUGUUCAUUUAAAUUUCCGUAAUUUUUCAACUUUUUCAUUAAUUACAUUCCAGCUUGUGAUUGGACGGUGGAUGUGGGAGUGGAGCUGUGUGUGAAUGGGUGGGUGUGUAUUCAAAUGUGCCAAUAAAGUGAUUGGACAGUUGGGCCGGUGGGCUUCAGGAUUGUUUUCCGUUGUUCAGCAGGACUGUAGUUCUCUGUCUUAAUUUUUUAUUUUUCAUUUUUUAUUAUUUUUAUUUUUUAUCUUUCUUUAAAACAGCUGUAUAACCGAACCUCCACAUCUGUAAGGUCGCUGAUGCAUUCCGGAUGAUGCACUCCGCUGUGUUACAUUUAUCGUGAAUUAUUAUUAUUAUUAUUAUUAUUAUUAUUAUUAAUCUUCAGCAUCUUUUAACAUGUUAAUAAACCUAAUCCUGAGUAAAUAUUUUAAUUUGUUAUAAUAUGUAGUAUCGUUUGUUCUGUUGUUACUCAGUUUGUAUAAUCUGGAGAGAGUGAAUGUAUAUAGUUUAAAAUAAAACUGCGAUAUUAAUCAGGAGAGAUGCUGUUUUUUGCUCUUUGAUUAGGGUAGAGAUUGCUGUAUAUUAAUAAACCUCUAAAUCAUAGAAUCUAUAAACAGAAUAAUUGCUGGCAACUGAUUUUUUUUUUGUUUUGUUUUUUUUCCUGAAGGAAACUGAAUUGUAACGAGAGAUUUUUGUAGAAACUCUAAACCCGUCUGUAAUAUUAAAUAUUAAAUACUGCUUAUUGCAUCGAAUGCUCUUGAUCUCAACUUUUCCAAGGAAAUAAAAACAAACCAAUGUGAAAAAA